AAACAUCAUAAAAUCUUGAAACUUCUAUCUCUGAUCUUCAGACCCUUAACUAUCUCAAAUCAAUUCUCAAGCACCGCCAUGGCCACCGACCUAUCGGUGAUCCUACCUCGUGUCCUCAUCGUCUCUAGACGUAGCGUUCGUAAGAACAAGUUUGUGGACUUCGUUGGUGAAUACCAUCUCGAUCUUAUAGUAAACUACGGAGCAGUACCCGUCAUCGUUCCCCGAGUCACCGGAGUGCACAUGUUGUUGGACAGCUUUGAGCCAAUUCAUGGUGUUCUUCUCUGUGAAGGAGAAGACAUUGAUCCAUCUCUUUACGAAGCCGAAACGUCCGGUUUGUCACCGGAAGAACUUGAAGAAAUCCGUAGACUACAUGCCAGCGAUACUGCCAUUGACAAAGAGAAGGAUUCAAUUGAACUGAGACUCGCAAAGCUUUGCCUCGAAAGGAACAUUCCUUACUUGGGAAUAUGCAGAGGCUCACAGGUUUUAAAUGUCGCCUGUGGAGGAACCCUUUAUCAAGACAUAGGGAAAGAACUCACAAAUAAAGUCUCUGAAGAUCAGAGGGUAGUGCACAUUGAUUAUGAGGAUUAUGAUGGGCAUAGACAUGAGGUUGAAGUGGUGGAAAACACCCCAUUGCACAACUGGUUCAGAGAUUCUUUGCAGGAUGAGAAAAUGGAGAUCUUGGUUAAUAGUUAUCACCAUCAAGGAGUUAAGAGGUUAGCUCAACGUUUCGUUCCAAUGGCAUUUGCAUCAGAUGGUUUGAUCGAAGGGUUCUAUGAUCCUGAUGCUUACAAUCCAGAAGAGGGCAAGUUUAUAAUGGGACUCCAAUUUCAUCCAGAGAGAAUGAGGCGACCAGAUACGGAUGAAUUCGAUUAUCCUGGAUGCCCAUAUGCUUAUCAGGAAUUUGUGAAGGCAGUGAUUGCUUAUCAGAAGAAGCUCAUAUGUAGCUCAACAACUCUGCCAAAAGCUCUUAAGCUUGAUCAAGAAAUGGAGAAUAAAAGAAAGACUAUUGUUCGGAGUUUCUCGCUUGCAAGAUAUAUAUAUGCAGGAGGCCAUGGCAUGAAUCCAUCCAAAGAAUCUGAACUUGAAGCUGGCGCAGAAUUUCUUGAGUCAAACACAGUAUUGAGUUUGCAGCAAGAGACUAGGUUGAAGCAGAUGGGGGCUACAGUAAGGAAUUCCUCUUCCAUCUUUGAGAGAUUGAAGUUGAAUGAGGAUAGAGAAAGGUUAGCAAGGAGUGUGAUGGGCAAAAUGUCUGUUGAACAGUUAUCAGAUCUCAUGUCUUUCUAUCACAUGAUGGGGCAGAUAUGUUCAGAAGUCUUAGAAAGAAAGCUUCAUGGCAUAGUCAAUGAACUUACUUCUUGACUUAUCUGCAUGGAUUUGGGGGUUUCAUGCUGUGUUAUCAAGUUGCUGUACCUUCGUCUUUAUUGAGGAAUCACAUGAAGCUUGAAUGAAGAUCAAAAUGGUUCUGUUCUUUAUUAAUUUGUAUCUACUUUUUACCUUUAUCUUCUUUAUCUUGUGAUUACAAGUUGGCUGUCUUUCAUUUUCUGUUGUGUUUCUUUCUUUUUGAUGGGAUUUGAUGAUCUCACAA